GCGAUAGCCCGGUCGGCCACACGCAUGGAUAGCGAGGAUGAUGAUGGGUAGCACCCAUGGCCCGAGAGUUUGGACGCAGGGGACUGCUGACUGCUCGGCCUGAGGACACGCGAGUCGUCGUCGUCGUCGUCGUCGUCGUGGCAAGUGGCCGCGGCUGGCCGAAGGAAAUUGGCAGCCCGUCCGUGCCAGAGGAACAUCGGAGGCUGCCAAUUCGGGAGUUGUGAAGGUGGCGGGAGGGGCUGGAUUCGGAAGAUCUUGCAAGAGCCCCGAAAUGUCGUCGAGGAUGCCGACUCCAGGCCGCGUUGCGGGAGCUGACAUCGAGCCAGGGAUGCAGUUGGCAGUGUCGCUGUCGCUGUCGAAAGUCGAUGAGCCCGAGCUGCCGAGCUGCUCGCUGUCGGAGAGGUCCUGGGCCGAGUAGGUCGGCGUGAGUAUCGCUCACAUUGUCCAGAGUUUCGCAAUUUGCUCGGGCGUUGUCGCGCAUCGAGUCGACUCAUUUCUUCUCUCCAUCUUCGGGGCUGUUAAACGAGGGGAAUGGACCCAGCUUCUCCCUAUGGCUCAGCUGCCAGUCCAGUAUGGUUUGUUUCAUUCCUUCGUUUCUCCGGCCACCCGAUUUGCGCCUCCUAAUUGGGCUCUCUAUCUCACGAGCACCAGAAGCACUCUUUCCAACUUCAUAUCGUCUCCGUAUCUGCAAAUGUCGUCGAUCCCUUUCGAAAGACGGUUUUCUGUAAGACACGCCGGAAGCUCGCAGAUUCCACUUAUCAAUGGCACUAAAUUGUCUUUGAGCUUUUCCGAUUCUUCUGUGCGUGUGGCGCCCAAAGGAGACAGUAAACUGGGCACAACAUCGAGUGACGUUGUGCAUCUUAGCAGCAGAACUCUUUCUAGUCUGAGCAGGUACAGAAGUUGGGGUUUUUCUCAGAAUCUGCUGUAUAGCAAAGCAGAUGCAGGGCUAGUGAAGUCAUCAUCCAUGAAUCUAGCUCAAUUUGGACAGUGCUCGAACGGCACACAACUAUGGUGUCCCGAUUCAAUUCCGCGUUUAUGUGACGGGCACAAUGCACCUGUCGCCAGGUUCUCACAAAGCAAAGAGGGCAUCAAUUCAUGCUUUACAUCGAGGAGAAGUGUAUCUGCGGUCAGAACCUCAAGAUUUCCUAUUUCCGAGUUUUGUUUGUCGUAUCACAGACAGCCGGCAUUGAGUUCGAUGUAUAUCACGACCAAUGCAUGGUCGGAGAUGGCACACACUCCUCUGUACUCGAAGCGUCGAAGAAAGAGGAGGAAAGGUCCACACGCUUCGAGGACAGCCCCGGGACCGGCCGUGCAAGAGGCGGAGCCAGUCAUGAAAGUUGAGGAGAAAUCAGUAGUAGUAGUGGAGUCCCCUGCCAAAGCUAAAACAAUCCAAAAGUACCUUGAAGGAAAAUACGUUGUGCUUCCAAGUUUUGGGCACGUAAGGGAUUUAGCGGCCAAAGCUGGAUCAGUGCGACCUGAUGAAGACUUCAAAAUGGUCUGGGAAGUGCCUUCUUCUGCCCGUCAACAUCUCAACGCCAUCAAGGCUGCUGUCAAAGGGGCGAAUAGUUUAGUCCUUGCUUCUGAUCCUGACAGAGAAGGGGAGGCUAUUGCAUGGCAUGUUCUAGAGAUGCUGAAGAUGGAGGGGUCUGUAAAAAGUGACUUGAAAGUAAGACGAGUUGUGUUCAAUGAAAUUACUAAGGCGGCUGUUUUACGAGCCAUGGAGUCUCCCCGAGAUAUUAGCACGACCCUCGUAGAUGCAUAUCUGGCUCGGAGAGCGUUGGACUACCUCAUUGGUUUUGAUCUAUCGCCAGUUCUUUGGCGUAAGCUCCCUGGAAGCAAGUCGGCAGGGCGCGUCCAGUCAGCUGCACUUCGUCUGGUGAGCGAACGGGAAAUGGAGAUGGAGGCUUUCGUAGCUCGAGAAUAUUGGUCGAUUGACGUCGAUGUUACCGUCGCUGAUAGUGCUAGUGCCGUCAACAAGAAGGGUGCCAAGUUCCUCGCAAAAACAACGCAUGUGGAUGGUGAAAAGCUAUCACAAUUUUCUCUGGUCUCCGAGGAAAUGGCACGCAAUGUAGCUGCAAGAGUACAAUCUGCCAGGUUUGCUGUCUCCAGCGUCAAGAAAAGCAUGGUGAGGCGAAACCCCCCUGCUCCAUAUAUAACAUCCACGCUGCAGCAAGAUGCAUCAAACAAGCUGGGAUUUGGAGCAACUCGUACUAUGGCGUUAUCACAACAGCUUUACGAGGGAGUCAAACUUGAUAAUGACGAACUUACAGGCUUGAUCACAUACAUGCGGACAGAUGGUGUUCAGAUGUCUAGUGAAGCUGUGCAAAACAUCCGCUCGCUUGUCGCGAAAAGGUAUGGUGAUGAUUUUGUACCGCCGCAGCCACGACAGUUCAGCUCUAGAGUAAAGAAUGCUCAAGAAGCCCAUGAGGCCAUCCGCCCAACGGACAUUUAUCGCCUACCUUCAAUGUUGGUGCAUGCUCUCGAGGAAGAUGCACUGCGCCUCUACUCAUUGAUUUGGCGACGUACAGUCGCCUGCCAGAUGGAACAAGCUAUUUUUGCUCAGGUUGUUGUCGAUAUAAAGAGUGAUACAGAAGACUUGCAGAUGAGGGCAAGCGGGUCUUCUUUGUCGUAUCCUGGUUAUCUUGCCGCUGUUAAGGAUGAAGCAGCUUUGACUUCAGUUAAGGAAGAAAGCGGAGAAGAAGAUGAAGACCUUGAAGUUGAUGAGGGAAAACUUUGGAGUUUAGAGGCAGGGGAUCUAUUGAAUCUUAUAAAAGUCCAGCCAAAUCAGCACUUCACAGAGCCGCCUCCUCGAUUUAGUGAGGGAUCUUUGGUUAAACGAUUAGAAGAGCUGGGGAUUGGCCGACCGUCAACUUAUGCUUCGACGUUAAGAACCUUGGUGUUAAGGAAUUACGUGAAGAUCGAAAAACGCCGCAUCUUUCCGGAGCCUCGUGGACGCAUGGUUUCUUCUUUCCUUUCACACUACUUCCCUAAAUUUGCUGAUUACGAGUUCACUGCAAGGUUGGAAGAACAGCUUGAUGAAAUAUCUGCAGGCCGUGCAGAGUGGAAAGCAAUUUUAUCUGAUUUCUGGCCUGAAUUUCAUGAAGGAGUCAUCGCAGUUUUGAAGAUUCCGAUUGAGGAGGUCGUGGAUCUGCUUGAAGAGGUGUUUUUGAAACAGUUCUUCUCAGGCUCACAAGACAGAGUUUGUCCAAGCUGUGGCGAAGGAAAGAUGGGUUUGAAGCUCAGUCGCUUCGGAGCCGGUUACUUCCUCGGUUGUAAUCGGUAUCCAAAGUGCAUGUAUAGAACGAACUUGUUAUCUGCAGAUGGGGUGGACUCUAGUGAUGAUGAAGAGAAUUCUUUGAUGGAGGUACCAACACCAAGUAGGAUACUUGGUGUUGACCCAGCGUCUGGUCUUGAGGUUGCCUUGAAAACUGGACCAUUUGGCAGGUAUCUUCAAGUGGGUAGCGGAUCAAAGAAGCAAAAACCGAAACGUACAGCUGUGCCAAAGAAUAUGAAUGUAGAUGAGAUAACUUUGGCCAGCGCCAUGGAGCUUCUCAAAUAUCCAAUCGAGCUGGGCACGCAUCCAACUUUGGAUACUCCAAUUCUGAUGUGUUUUGGGCACUACGGCCAUUUUAUACGCUGCCGUGGUUCUUUUGUCUCCGUUCCGAAAGAAAUGGCCCCAGAAAAACUGACUUUGGAGGAAGCUGUAGAAUUACUCAAUAGUAAACACGCUUCCAAACUUGGGCGCAAACGUAACGUGCAAGAUGGGAAAGCUGCAAAAGCUGAGGCUUCUUCAGACAAGAAGACUACUGCACUUAAGAAGGUAACGAGUCCGAAAACAAAAGCAACCAAGAUCAAGGCAUCAACAACUGGCUCCACCAAGACGUCGAGUUCAGCUUCAGGGGAUACUAAAGAACCAGAGAAGAAGAAAAUUGGUGAAGUACGGAAGAAGGUACCGAAGGGUGUGUCGAAAAAGAAGGCUGAUGAGAAGACUGUAGCAGAAACAGUUGAACAAGGAAAGGAAAAUGGGACUGGGUCAAAUGUAGAAGUAAAAAGACCGCGAGGCAGGCCUCGGAAGGUGCGGCCGGAAACACCAGCUUCUUUAGAAGAAUUAGUAGAGGCCACAGCCCAACUCCAAGCAAGUUACGUCGAUCGACUAGAUUAACCUCUUCUUAGGUCCUCCAACCUACGCCGCGUUACCGACAUCGAUAUCGUCUCUGUCCCACCCAUGUCAGUAGUAAAGGCAACACGAACACAUUUCUGUAUAUGGACGACUGGUGCUUUCAAGUAAGUAAAACUGUAUGUAGUAUACUGAAAUUAGUCAGGGACCCAUUUGUUCCCUUGUCUGGUCCAUAGCCUAGAAUAGUCAAAGCACGAAAUUUGUGUGUACUCUUGGACUCUUCUCGAAGAGGAAUUUCAAGUCAUGUUGAAGUUUCGGUUCACCGUGAAAGCCAGAAGGUGGUCGGAUAUUUUAUCUUAGGAGUGAUCUAACUUUCUCUGUCCUUUCACAAACUUAUUCUUAUGCCGAAUGUGUCCUUCACCGAUACCAUGCCAUGUACGACUGUUCCAUUUUGA